GCCCAUGCUGAAAAAGAAGAAGACUCUUAGACUCUACACUCUGGAGUGAUGAGACCAAGAUAUAUGUUUUUGAAACUGAUGGCUUCAAAACUGCAUGGCAUCGCAAACGUGAGGAGUACAAAGAAAAAUGCAUGGUGCCAACCAGUGACACAUGGUGGUGGCAGUGUCCUUCUGUGGGUCUGCAUGAGUGCUGCUGGUCUCAGGGAGCUGCAUUUCAUUGAUGGUAUCAUGAAUUUGCAGAUGUACUGCUCUAUAUUGAAAGAGAAGUAUUUCUACAUCACAGUGAUCCAUAACACGCAUCUGAGGCCACUGUUGAAUUUCUGA